CACCAGGUGUGCCUGAGAUCUGCAAGAAAUCUCUGUCAGCAUGCAUUUGUACAGGAGGCAUGGAGCUGUUUAUUCUGGGCAAGAACUUCCUGAAGGAUACAAGAGUGGUAUUUCAGCAUGGUGAUGCAUUAUCGGAGACACCUUGGGAGGAGUCUGUCCAGCCAGACAAAGAAUUCCUCCAGCAGACUCAUCUGGUGUGCGUGGUUCCUGCAUACCAGCAGGUGGACUUAACAGAGCCAGUCACAGUAAGGCUUUUGGUGGUGUCAGGUGGCAAGACCAGUGAACCCCACACAUUCACCUAUACCCCCACAUUGCUGCCACCAGCAGAAUUACAGGAAGUAAUUGCUGAUUGGAGUUGGCGCCACUUGUCAGGCGAGCGCCAGGGGGUGCGCCUGGGCAUCACCCGCUAAUAAUUCAGGUUCUGUCAUCAUGGUGACUACUACUACUACUA